AUGGAUACUCUCGUCACCGUAUUCGUCAGUAAGUGUUUUAUUGACCCAAUGGAUUCUGUUGGCGUAGAGAUUUGCACCGACAAAGACGUCUAUACUCCUGGUCAGAUACUCACGGGCUCAGUCAACAUUGCAACACGAAAACCAAUCGCUAUCGACAGCAUUAAGGCAAGGUUGUAUGGAGAUGCAGUUGUGCAUUUUGUUAAUAAGGAAUCCUACGCGUUUUUCAAUCAACGGGUGUUCGUCAAUGAGCAGAAGGAGCUUUGGCACUACAGCACCGUACAGGAAAUGCUAGGCAUGACCACACUGGACCACAAUGCAAAUCGCUGUGAAAAAGGUUAUUUGACGGGUAAAUCGCAAUUCCGGUUUGCAUUCAACCUGCCUUACGACCUCGCAACCUCAUUCAGUUGUCCAGCAAGCCCAGUUGUGGUAAAGUACUCAAUAACUGUGACAUUAUAUUUACAAGACGAGAUACUCCUGCAACAUGAACACGCUGUAACAGUCGUUGCUCCACAAAUGAUAGCACGUCCCCUCGGGAGUCAAAGCGUCGUUCACUCGAAGAAUUUUCCACUAACUAAGGGCCGAAGUAUUUUCAUUGAAUGUGCUUUGGAACAGGCAGUUCUCUCCUCGGUUGGCAAACUCCAAGCUAUCAUCACCGUCACGAACAGGUGGAAGCAAUCAAUUAAGUACGUGACAUUAUAUUUACAAGACGAGAUACUUCUGCAACAUGAACACGCUGUAACAGUCGUUGCUCCACAAAUGAUAGCACGUCCCCUCGGGAGUCAAAGCGUCGUUCACUCGAAGAAUUUUCCACUAACUAAGGGCCGAAGUAUUUUCAUUGAAUGUGCUUUGGAACAGGCAGUUCUCUCCUCGGUUGGCAAACUCCAAGCUAUCAUCACCGUCACGAACAGGUGGAAGCAAUCAAUUAAGUACGUCCACAUGAGCAUUCUUAGAAAAAUCGAAGCUGUCGGCUACUUCAAAGAUGAUCAAUCAAUAACAGACACAAAGACAGUUUUAAUAAACACAACCGGUGUAGGACUGCCAUCGUCGAAACACAAGAUCGCCGUUGGGGAGACGUACAUAUUCACUUCCAGUUUCAAUGUACCGGCGCUUCCGCCAAGUAUGAAUGUGCCUGGUUUGCUGGAGACUUCUUAUAUGGUUAAUAUUGCCGUUGGUCGAGCACACAAUUACGUGAUUGCCUCGCUAAGGGUUCCGAUCACUAUUGUCACCAAUAUUGUUGAUAUAGAUCCAGUAGUUCCUGCUCAGCGCGGAGAUUUACUGAUCGAUUUAACACCACCAACUUGGAAGAAGGCGGCGCCAGCAAUCGACCUCCUCGCGUAG